GAAGGGUCUGGAGGUGGUGCCUACCGGGACUGAGAAGGAGGAAGAGAUAGAAGAGGAAGAGGAGGGAGGGGAGCGCCGCCCCCCCCUCCUCUGCUUCAGCCGGGUAGCGUGGGGUGGAGCGCCCACAGACCUGAGACAGAAAGCCGCCGCUCGGGGUGCGCUUCAAGUGCGCUCUCCUUGCCCCGGAGCCGGGGCGCAUUCCGUCCGAGCUGGGACCAUGUGCGGCUCCCGCCUCUGCUGCUGCCUUUUUGGCCUCGUCCUGGUCCUCGUCGUGAGCCUGCCCAGCUCCCUGGGGCUCCCCGGACUGUCUGCCCACCUGCCUCCGUCUGGCCCCUUGACCCACGUGGAACAGUAUGAGGUUGUGUAUCCAUUGAAGGUGCCCGUCCCCAGGGCCCGGAGAGACCUGUCCUCACCGCGGUCUCUGUAUCCAGAAAACCUCCGCUAUGUCCUGGGUCUGAAAGGAAGCAACUUAACCCUGCACUUGCGUAGGAACAGGGACCUGAUGGGGGCCAGCUACACGGAGACCUAUACCUCGGCCAAUGGCACCGAGGUGACCGAGCAGCCCGGAGACCUGCAGGACCAUUGCUUCUACCAGGGCCACGUUGAGGGGCACCAGGACUCGGCAGUCAGCAUCAGUGCCUGCCACGGAAUCAGGGGAUUCUUCCAGACGGGCUCUACCGUCCAUCUUAUCGAGCCCCUAGAGGGUGCUGGCCACGAGGGCAGACAUGCGGUCUACAGAGCAGAGCAUCUCAUUCAGAAGCUGGUGACAUGUGGGGUCAGCAAUACCACCCUGGAAGAGGAUCUGGAGCCCAGGAUGGCUGCAGCUCAAAAGCCGAGGAACUGGAAAUCGGGGACGGGCCCAAAGGAAACCCACUACGUGGAGCUCUUUGUGGUUGUGGAUCAUGAGGAGUAUGUGAAGUUUAGCGGCCGAGAGGACAUACGGAGUCGGGUGAAAGAGAUUGUAAAUCAUGUGGACAAGCUCUAUCAGGAGCUCCAUUUCCGCGUGGUCCUCAUCGGCCUGGAAAUAUGGGACCGGGGGGACAAAGCCCAGAUCAGCAGCAACCCCGACUCCACGCUGGACAACUUCCUCAGGUGGCGCAGCCAGGAGCUGGUUCCUCGAAAGAAGCAUGACAAUGCCCAGCUGAUCACAGGUGUGGAUUUCGAAAAAACGACAGUGGGGCUGGCCAAGGUGGCCUCCAUGUGCACCCCGGGCUCCGGGGCCGUAAACCAGGACCACCAUGUCAAUCCCAUUGGGGUGGCGUCAACCAUAGCUCAUGAGAUGGGACACAACCUCGGCAUGGACCACGAUGAAAACAUCGCCGGCUGCUACUGUCAAGAGCAGAAGCAGAACGGUGGGUGCAUCAUGGCGGCCAGCCUCAGCACCGUCUUCCCCAAAACAUUCAGCACCUGCAGUAGGAACAACCUGGAGAAUUUUGUUGGAAAUAACAUCUUCCAGACAAACUGCUUGACAAACUUUCCAAAGCUGGAUGAGAUCUAUGGAGGGCCCGUGUGUGGAAACAGAUUUGUGGAGCGUGGGGAGGAGUGUGACUGUGGCAUCCCAGAGGAGUGCACAAACCACUGCUGUAAUGCCACCACAUGCAGACUGGUCACAGGCGCCACAUGUGCACAUGGAGAAUGUUGCCAUGAGUGUCAGGUGGUACCGCCCGGGCAGAUCUGCCGUGAGGCUCAGGAUGACUGUGACCUGCCGGAGUACUGUGAUGGCCAGUGGGGAGAGUGUCCAGAGAAUGUCUUCCAAGAAAAUGGCAUGCCUUGCCAGAAUGGUUACUGUUACAAUGGGGCCUGUCCCACCCACCAGCAGCAGUGCCAGGCACUCUGGGGCAAGGGUGCUUCUGUGGCCUCUGACAGCUGCUUCUGGCUUGACAUCCAGGCAGGCUGCUUGGUAUCAUACCGACAGAGUCUCAACAGAUGUGGGGUCCUGCACUGCUCUGGGGGGAUGGUCACCAACAGGGCCUAUUGCACCAUCCCCCUGAGUGGGAUACCGUGCACCGUGGUGAGAGAGGGGAAAGAUGAUAAGCCUUUUGAGAUGGUGGCCACUGGGACGAAGUGUGGAGAGCGGAUGGUUUGCUACAAUGGUCGCUGUCAGGAGCUCCAUGUCUAUGGAGCUGAGAACUGUUCCAGCCAAUGCAACGGUCAUGGGGUUUGCAACCACAAGAGAGAAUGCCAUUGUCAGCCAGGCUGGGCUCCACCAUACUGCCACCAGAAAGUGGCUGCCAUCACCUCAGGGGCCCAGGGUGUGCUGGUAGGGGUGCUGGUGACCCUGGCCGUGCUUGUCCUCCUGAUCGGCGUGGCUUUCAUUCUCUACAAGCGUCGGAUGCUGCCCCCUUUGCAGAAGAGGAAAAUUGCGACAGAAACCCCUUCUGGCCUCUCCAACCCCCUGUUCCACGAAGGUGGCUGCAGGGCACCAGGACUGGUCUCUACAGCAUCGGCUGCCCAGCACCCUAAACCCCGGUCUGCUCUGGUCAUCCCUGGCCAGCCACCCCCUGCGCCUCCUGCAGCAGCCAGACCCCAGACACCCUUCAGAGUGCCCGUGUACACCAGGCAGGCCCCUCAGCAGAGCAAACCUGCGCCACCCAGCAAACCACUGCCAGAGCUGAAACCUAAGCAGGUGGUCAAGCCAACUUCUAGUCCUCCACCGCCACCUGUAAAACCUCCAGCUGUGACUUCCUCGAAGCCCCAGGGAGCUGGUCCCAAGGUGACUCUGAUGCCACCAGGCCAGCGCAGGUGACUGGAAACCUGGGCCCUGAGGCCGAAGAGACUUGGGGCCGAGACCAAGAAAUCAGCUGGCUGCUUUGAUGGUCCCCAAUCCUGGCAGGCCUGGACCAUGUUUGAUGUCACAGUCAGUCAUCUGCAAUUCAGGGGGAGGAAGGAGUGACCUGACUGGCUGUUUCUCCCCUCCUACACCCUGCAUCUGGCAACCCUCAGACAUUCCCCAGGGCAGGGGCUGCUGUUUGCCUGUCUCUGGAGAGCCAAGACCUUCCCAGAGAAGGCAAAAGGCCAGCCCUGAGCUGGUGCCCAGGCAUUAUUCUGCACCUGCAGGCCUUUCCCCUCUUCGCUUCCCAUGGAGUCUUUGGGGCUCUCUGCAGUCCUACAGGCCACUCUGCCUGGUACCUGCUCACAGGAACAGUGGGCCCCACCCCUUCUGCACCCUCAGUGGACAGUCCAGGCUGCUGCACACCAUGGGGUCUGUGAAAUACUCGCUAUCUCCCGUUUCCUCAAGGGCCCUUAAAGACAGCCUUUGCUCUUUGUGUGCAAUGGACAUUUCUCAGGGACAGUGGUUUCACUCCAUUCAUUUCAAGCAGUUCCCAAAAGGCUGCAGUUUUCCCUGUCUGCUAAGGAUCCAAGAACUAAUCAGCCUCUAAGUCAAGGUCCCUGUCAGGCACCCUGGCCAGCUAUGAACAGUAUGCCAGCCAGACUGCCCACGGCUUUACUUUGUCGUGGGACCACACUCACUUGCUUUAGUCUGAAUCAGGUUUGACAUGCAGCAUGGUCCAAGGCGACAACCUCUUUGGGGGACCCCCCAACAUGCUUGGCCUAGGGGCUGGGGUUUCUGCUCAUCUCAGUUUUUCAGAGAGCCGUAUCUGCUGCUCCAGCAAGACUGAAGGUGCUUUUUUGAUUAGUCUUCAUUGCUGAAAAUGCUGCAUUUUAUCCUUAAAUUAUUCUAUGAGAGAAUUUUCCAGAAAAAGGGGAAAUGCCAUGAAUAUUUUUAUAGCAUUAAAAACUCAAAUUAAAAAAAAAUCCUCAUCUUUAAUCUGCCUAUUUUAAUGGGGCUUUAUGGAGUCUGGAGCUUGUCAUUUUGAUCACAUUUACAGAUUAGUUUUGUGAAAAUAAAAUACCUGAAAGGGU